CGUCCUCCCCCUCCCACCCCCGCCCCCGCUCCCGCUCCCGCUCCACCACGCGAACCCUAGCUGUUGUUGCCGAAAGAGCUCCGGCGACUGAAGAGGAGAGGAGAAUAAAGCUCGAAUCUUGGAUGCGCCCGAGCCGAUGGCGACGCCCGCUGCAGAGAAGCCCGACGAUGUGGAGAUCCGCGAGGUCUGGGCGGACAACCUCGAGGCCGAGUUCGCCGUGAUCCGCGACAUCGUCGACGACUACCCCUACGUCGCCAUGGACACGGAGUUCCCCGGCGUGGUGUGCCGCCCGCUCGGCACCUACAAAUCCCCCGCCGAGUUCAACUACGCCACCCUCAAGGCCAACGUCGACAUGCUUAAGCUUAUUCAGCUCGGGCUCACCUUCUCCGACGAGCAUGGAGGGCUGCCGGCGCUCGGCCCAGGCGGCCGACCCUGCGUCUGGCAGUUCAACUUCCGAGGGUUCGACCCACGGACCGACGUCGCCGCCGCGGACUCCAUCGAUCUGCUCCGCCGCAGUGGGAUCGACUUCGCCCGCCAUGGUGCGGAUGGAGCCGAUGCUCGCCGCUUCGCGGAGCUGCUUAUGUCCUCCGGUGUCGUGAUGAAUUCCGAUGUGCGUUGGGUAACGUUUCACAGCGGCUACGACUUCGGCUACUUGCUCAAGCUGCUCACCGGCACAAACCUGCCUGACACGAUUUCGGGAUUCUUCGAUCUCAUCAAGAUUUACUUCCCUGUGAUCUACGACAUCAAACACCUCAUGAGAUUCUGCAAUAGCCUCCAUGGCGGGCUGAACAAGCUUGCUGAGCUGCUCGACGUCGCCCGGGUUGGAAUCUGCCACCAGGCAGGGUCCGAUUCGCUUCUGACUGCGCUUUCCUUCAAGAAGCUCAAGGAGGCAUACUUCAACGGGUUAACCGAGAAAUAUGCUGGUGUGUUGUAUGGGCUUGGCUUUGAGGGUGGGGAGACCACCUCUGCUCACUGAGCAAUGGAUAGUUAAAUAAAAAGAUGAACUAUUUAUGGGAAUGGAGAAAUCUGUUUGGUGACUCUGAUGAUUUC